AUGGCACAAUCCUCGCAAUGCUACCUUCCUCGCUUCGCUACUGCGGUUGACGGACCGAAACGCCCAGUUUCCAUGAAAACCAGACCGACGACUUCGCAAAAUGCGCAGUUAUUAACCGCAUGGCACGAAGGUCGCUUGAACUCGUUGCUGCAGGCCACCUGGGGCCUGGUCCUCCACUACUAUCUCCGCACCGAGGAUAUUUGUUUCGGUUAUCAACACAUCGAUAGUGACUCCAUUUCUUCCCGACAACCUGUACAGCGGUCAAAUAUUACCAACCUCUCCACCGUCCGACUAGCGAUUGGUGAAACAGACACAAUCCAGCAAAUUGUAGAUAGAUUGCGGGGAAAUGAUGGAGGCAAGCAGCUCCGUGGUGGCAAUAUGGAGACCACUCCGGAUAGCUUCAUGCCCUUCAACACCAUUUUGAUGUUGCGUACAUACAGAAAGGCGCCAGAAACGUCUUGCUCCAAGCCCAUGCUGGCAACUGCUCUGCCCGAAAAGUGCCAAGUUCGACUCCAUGUGAAGGUAUUGCGUCGCGAUAUCAAUAUCUUCCUUGAGUGGCGGAAUGGUGAUAUGUCUGGGGAACAAAUGAAGAGUGUUGCAAACAUUUUUGAGGCGAUCCUUGCCAAAGCCCUCUCUACCGAGAACCCCGCUAUUAGCCAGCUUAAUUUGUUCUCGGAGAAUGACUGGCAGCGAAUUCAAAAAUGGAACUCUCACACCCCAAAGUUGUAUGACCGUUGCAUCCAUGAUGCUAUUCAUGACCAGGUGACGAGAGGUCCGGACCGAGAGGCUGUCUGCGCUUGGGAUGGGAGCUUAACAUAUCGAGAACUCGAUGAGCUCGCUUCGAAACUUGCAUGUCACUUGCGCAUGCAAGGUGUGGGGCCUGAAGCUCGAGUAGCCUUGCUCUUUGAUAAAUCGAAAUGGAAUAUUGUCGCCAUGCUGGCCGUUAUGAAAGCCGGUGGCGCCUUCGUCCCUAUGGAUCCUACACACCCAACCUCCCGCCUGCAACGUCUGAUUGAAUCCGUCAAGGCGUCGGUUGCGUUGUGCUCGGAGAGCCGUGCAGACACUCUCCGGCCCAUUGUAAAAACCUUAAUUCCUCUUUGCACCGACGCAAUGGAUCGUUUGACAGACCCGGCACUUGGGGUCGACCUUGCAUCUGGGGUAACCAGCCAAAAUGCUGCUUAUGUUCUGUUCACUUCUGGAUCAACGGGAGAGCCGAAGGGAACCCUCUUGGAGCACCGCGCGUUCCUUUCAAGCUCCAUGGCUCAUGGUGCUGGUCUCCUCGUCUUCAGGGAAUCAAGAUGUCUACAAUUUGCGGCGCAUACGUUCGAUGCUAGUCUUGCAGAGACUUUGACUCCAUUGAUUCAUGGCGCAUGCAUUUGCAUUCCCAGCGAGGAGGCGCGUUUGAAUGAUAUCGUGGGCGCAAUUAAUGAAAUGCGAGUCGAUCAGGCGUGCUUCACCCCGUCAUUCAUCAGCUUUAUUGAAAUUGAAACGGUGCCCAGUUUGAAGGGUCUUGUGCUGGCUGGAGAGGCAAUGUCGCAGUCUCAACUGGCAACUUGGUCCAAAAUCAAAUUGGUCAACGGAUAUGGACCUACUGAGGCCGGUGUUGCGUCCGUUCUGAACACCGGGGUAACACCUGAGACCGACUGCAAAAAUAUUGGCCUGCCAGUCGGCGUGCGGACGUGGCUCGUAAACCCUGAAAACCACGACGAACUGGUCCCUGUUGGCUGCCCAGGUGAACUGGUGCUGGAAGGUCCAACAUUAGCCCGAUGCUACGUCAACAACCCCGAGAAAACAAACGAGUCUUUCAUAUAUGACCCUGCUUGGACGAAAAUGGACCGAAGAGGCGUCAACAAUCGAAGAUUUUACAAGACCGGAGAUCUGGUCAGGUAUAACUCCGACACGGGUGCGAUGAAUUACAUCGGUCGCAAAGAUACACAGGUGAAGGUUCACGGUCAAAGAGUUGAACUCGGUGAAAUUGAAACACAAUUGAGCAAAGACAUUCAGGUGACUCACUGUUCAGUUCUCUUUCCCAAGACUGGAUUCUCCAAAGGAAGAUUAGCUGCGGUGAUCUCCCUCGCCGGACUACUGGCCAACAAAUCGCAAGAAGACCUUGAAACUCUGCGAUUGGUUUCAGCAUCAAGGAAGGCAGAGAUUGUCCCUUCGAUACGCGAAAGAGUUGCGGCGUGCCUCCCAACGUACAUGGUACCUGCAACCUGGCUGUGUGUCGAAGCACUUCCCCUUUUACCUUCCGGAAAACUCGACCGAAAAGGCAUCGCGGCCUGGGUGACUGCCAUGGAAACGGAUCCUGAUAUUGGGCAGGCAAUUUCAAGUCCCUCGAUUGACCCUGAGUCAUCCCAGCCUGCGAAUGAGACAGAGGAUAAGCUUGCCGCAGUGUACAGUCGCGUCUUGAAUAUCCCGCCAGGCUUUGUCAGCUUGGAUGAGAGCUUCUUGGCACUUGGUGGAGACUCUAUCGCGGCGAUGACCUGCAUUGGACUAAUUAAAAAGCGCGGAAUCGGUCUUUCUGUCCAGGAUGUGCUUCGGAGUAAGUCCAUCCGUGAGCUGGCUACCCGUGCCAAGCCAAUCGACCACAGUACGACGUAUGAAGAAGCUGUUGAUGAGCCUUUCAAACUGUCACCUAUUCAAGUCCUCCAUUUUGGCCUUCGAAAGGAAGGGCAAGGUCACUUCAACCAGGGCAUUUUAACCCGCCUGAGCAAGCCUCUAGACGAGAAGACACUGCUGAGAGCAAUUGAGAUCUUGGUAUCUCGGCAUUCUAUGCUUCGAGCCCGAUUUGAUAAGACCCCUGAAUCUACGGCAACUUCUCAGAGAAUUACUCGGGACAUCAAGGGCUCCUACAGAUGGCGCGCUCACACUGUCACCAGUAUGAACGCCAUUAAGCCGAUGGUUGCGGAGAGCCAGUCCAGCAUCAAUUGCUUCUAUGGGCCAUUGCUUGCUGUGGACUACUUCCGCACAAACGACGAAACUGAGUCCCCUGUCCUUUCGAUGACCGCACAUCAUCUUGUGGUUGACAUUGUGUCUUGGAAGAUUAUCUUGGAGGACCUGGAAGACUUACUGUUGAAUCCUGAAAAGUCUACCUCUGACGAUGGAUCCCUUCCGUUCCAAACAUGGUGUCGUCUUCAGGAGGAGCAUUCCAGAAACCUGGUCGCCGAGGAGAAAGCGCCGUCUGAACCCCUCCCCAGCAUCGAUUUUGGAUAUUGGGGACUUCAAAACAGCGAGACCACAUACGGUGAUGUAGACUGCGCAACCUUCGAAAUUGACGAAGCCCAUUCCACGUCUAUUUUACUCGAGUGCCACAGAGCUCUGGAUACUGAGCCAAUCGAUCUCUUCCUGGCAUCAAUGCUGCAUUCCUUUGGCCAAUCUUUUCAGGAUCGCUCUCUCCCGGUUAUUUACAAUGAAGGUCAUGGCCGUGAAGUUUGGGACUCUUCAAUCGACAUCUCACACACUGUUGGCUGGUUCACUAUCCUUCACCCGAUAUCUGUCAAUCAGUUCAACGCUGAAAAUGCUGUUGAUACCCUCAUCCAAGUCAAAGAUCAACGUCGAAGGGUUUCUGAUAACGGUCGGUCUGAUUUCGCAAGCCGUGUUCUGCAAAUCGCGGGCCCCCAGUGUGGAACAUACCCUCAUCCCUUCGAAAUGUCUUUCAAUUAUGUGGGUCAACACCGGGAUUUACAGAGGAAAGACGGUCUUUUCCAACUCGUGGAUCAGAUGGCUGGUGAGACUGGACAGGGUAGCGAUGCCGCUGACUUUGGCCGGGUCACUCCUCGCUUUGGCCUGUUUGAGAUCUCUGCCAUGGUGGUUGCGGGUAAGAUUCGCUUCACCUUCUCGUUCAAUAAAAACAUGCAGCAUCAGAAUCGCAUUCGCACCUGGGUUUGCAACUGCCAAAAGCAGCUUACCAAUCUUUCAGAGGAACUGUCAGUCAUGUCACCGCGAUUGACUUUGAGUUCUUUCCCGAUGCUUUCUCUGGACUACGGCAGCCUCAAUAGGCUAAUGUACGAGAAGUUUGCGGCCCUCGGAAUUGAAUCUCCAGAUAUUGUCGAGGAUAUAUAUCCCUGCUCACGCAUGCAACAAGGCAUAUUACUCGGUCAGUCGCGCAAUAAGUCCUAUUAUGCCGUCCAUGAUACAUUUGAGAUCCGGGGCACUGGAUCUACGGCACCAAAUGUAGACCGCCUUGCUCAAGCAUGGUCUCAGGUGGUGUCUCAUCAUGCCAUGCUCCGGACCAUCUUUGUUGAGAACCUCACUCCACGGGAUCCAUUCUCCCAGGUUGUCUUGAAACAUUAUGAUGCCAUUCCAGUCUAUCUCCAGUCUUCGGGAGACAGUGAUGUGCUGGCUACGUUCGAUGCGCAGGAGCCUAAGGUAUACAAUGGCUUCUCCCCUGCCUACCGGUUCAGCAUUUGUCAGACUUCCACCGAUAGAUUGUUUUGCCGCAUUGAGAUUAGCCACGCAGCUAUGGAUGGUAAUUCUAUUUCCAUCAUGCUUCGCGACCUGCAACUGGCAUACGCCGGAAGACUCGAGGAAAUUCGUCAGCCACUGUUUAAAGACUACAUCCAAUUCCUUCAGGAUGCCCCACAAAAAGCUAGCAUCAACUAUUGGCGCUCAUACCUUGCAGGCGCCAAGCCAUGCCUUUUUCCAGCCCUGACAGAUGGCGAAAUCUCUCAAGAGCAGAACUUGCGAUCAAUCCCUGUGAAAUUUGAGUCGUUGUCGCAGCUUCAGAAAAUUUGUGAAAAGCAAGGCAUUACUCUUUCCAACGCUUUCAAUGCUGCAUGGGGCUUGACCCUGCGUUUGUUCUGUGGCUGUGAUGACGUCUGCUUUAGCUAUAUGGCAUCUUUACGGGAUGUUUCAGUCGAUGGAAUCCAAUCAGCUGUUGGACCAGUUAUAAAUCUGAUGAUAUGCCGCAUGAAGAUGUCGAGUGAUUCAAUCUUGAGUGAUGUGCUGCAACACAUUCAAGAUGAUUACAUGGACAGUCUCCCCUUCAGACACACCUCAUUGAUUGACAUUCAACAUGCUCUCAAGCUAUCUGAUGCGAACUUGUUCAACUCGGGUGUAUCAUACCGCCGCCUGCCCAGUGCCAAGGACGCCGUGAGCAGCGAUAUUGAGUGUGUGGAAGUCGGAUCAAUUCAUGACCCGGCGGAAUUCCCUGUUUUUAUAAACAUCGAAGCUACGGAUGCUCAGGCCACUAUCGAUCUCAAUUACUGGACCACGACCCUCUCUGAUCUGCAAGCCUCCAACGUCGCCAAUACGUACAUCCAGUGCUUGGAGAGUAUAAUGAGUGAAAUGGAGAAUCGCCUCUGCCAUAUUGAUUUCACGAGUCCCACUAAUAAGACUGAUAUCCGUUCUUGGAACAGAACGACGCCCAAAGUCACCGAUCAUUGCGCACAUCAAUCCAUUCAGGCCAUGUCUGCAAGAAAGCCUGAUGCUUUGGCGGUAACUUCUUGGGAUGGUACAUUGACAUAUGCCAAGCUGGAUCAAUACUCCUCACGACUUGCCAGUUAUCUCGUUACAUUCGGAGUAGGCGUCGGAAGCUUGAUUCCCACAGCUUUUGACAGAUCGCUCUGGAGCAUUGUGUCCGUCAUUGCAGUCAUGAAAGCUGGUGGUGGAUGCAUCCCCGUUGACAGCCCAAAAACUAUGACGCUGAUUGAAAAGUGGAUCGUCGAGAACUCGGUUCAAGUUGCACUGGCUUCCCCUGAAAAAGCUAGCGUGCUCGAAGAAAGCGUUCCAUACGUGAUCCCCGUUAGUGAAUCAUUGCUAGAAUAUCUCAAUGAUGACCACCUCUCGCCUACUGCUUGUUCAACUGAUGCCGCAUAUGUGCCAUUCACAGCGGGAACUUCGGGAUCUCCCCGAGCCGUUGUCCUUGACCACAGGGCAAUCAUGACAAGAGCACAAGCUUUUGCAUCAUCGAUGCGUAUCAACGAUGUCUCAAGAGUCCUUCAAUUUGCCGCCCAAACUAGCGAUACUUUUCUCCUAGAGGUAUUUGGGACAUUUAUGUGUGGUGGCUGCGUUUGCAUUCCCUUCGAUGGAAAGCCAUCCAAUCUUCUCACAUCCAUCAACGAUCUCCACGUGAAUGUCGCUUGUAUGACGCCCACUGUUGCAAGUUUUCUGAUUCCAAAAGAUGUACCAACUUUGAAGACCUUGGCAAUGUUUGGUGAGGCGACUUCAGAUGGGAAAGUUCAAAUCUGGCAAGCGGACGAUCUUCAACUGCACAACUUCUAUGGGACCACAGAAACCUCAUCCUCCUCAUUCCAUAUCCCACUCCUCCCUGGAUUGGAUCCGACUAUUAUUGGGGCAGCAACCUGCUGUGUCGCCUGGGUCAUCGAUCCUGCAAAUCAUAACGCCCUCGUUCCUGUUGGCGCUGUUGGCGAACUGGCCAUAGAAGGCCCUGUUCUUGGCUCUUCAUAUCUAGGCCAGGCGCAGUCUGACGACUUCUUCCAAACUCCAUCUUGGCUAGCCAGUGUUGAAGGAAGAUCUGAAAUAGAUCAGGUUUCUACUCGCAGAUUCUUCAAGACUGGAGACCUCGUAAGGUACAACGCAGAUGGGUCUCUCGUCUAUUUGGGUGCCAAGAAAGUCGAUCGUGAAUAUUCCCCAUGCUCAGAUCGCCUUUGUGUUGAAGAAGGCAUCCGGAGCUUUUUCCAAGGCAAGCGUCGUGGUAUUGUUCACAAUGUGCCUUUCGAGUUCGAUGAAAGAUUCAUUGCUUUCGUCUGUCUUUCUGACGAUGCAACCGCAACUGCUGGCGAGGAAGUUGUCCAGUCUCCAGAUGCUGAGUUUAAGAGCACUAUCGCAGCGUUGCACAUUUAUUUGGGCACCAAAAUGCCUAAUAACAAGGUUCCGAGUCUUUAUGUUCCCAUUUCAUCCGUCCCACUGACCCCACUUGGCAAAACUAACUUCCAGCGCUUAACUGACGAGAUUCUCAACCUCUCCCCCACAACCCUUGCUUCGUUUGAUGUUAAGCACUGGAUGGGAAUGCAGUCAGGAGCAAGUGCCUCCCGCCAGUCGUUCUCCAAUACAAACUUUGACUUCUGGAAAGAAUAUUUGGCGGACAUUGAGCCAUGCAACUUUCCUCUUAUCUCCCACGACACCAGCAAAAAAGGUCGAUCGACUCGUACCCUCAACAAGCAGACCCAUCAACUACAUGCAUUCAGUCGACUAGCCGGCGUAUCUGUGGAUAUUCUCUUUCAAAUCGCAUGGGGCUUGGUUCUUCGAUGCUACACUGGGAAUGAUGACAUUUGCUUCGGAUAUUCCGCUUCAGAUGCCGAUCACGCCGAAUCCAUUUCUGCGGUUCGCAUCAUGUUGAAUAACGACCGCAACAUGAACGAAACUCUGCAGCAACUUAAAACCGAUUUUGAAAAGCGACAGGAUCAUUUUAUCGACCUGACCGUGGUCAAGCACCAGCUUGGCUUCGACGAUGCGAAUGUUUUCAACACGCUUUUGACCUACCGCGCUGUACCAUCACUCCCACAGCGUCGAGCUCGUGACAGUGCAACUUCAAAAGCCUACAAUGUCGCUGUCACAGCUCAAGUCUCACCUUCUGUUGCUGAGAUUCAUUUCAGCUAUUCUACCGAGACCCUCACAUCCGUUCAAGUUACCCACGUUAUCGACACUUUUGACCAAAUUCUCAACAACAUCAUCUCGGUUGACCCUCGCAAACGCGCAAUUGGUGAUUUAGAUCUCCUGUCUCAGCGCUCGUGUCGUCAAAUUCGAGAUUGGAAUGCGGUGACACCCCCACGAGUUGAAAAGUGUGCAGACGAACUUAUCCAACAGCAAGCACUCCAGCACCCACGAGCCGAGGCAAUCUCCUCCUGGGAUAAAAACUUCACCUAUGGGCAGCUUGAGAUCACAUCAAGCAGAUUAUCUCGCUAUCUCAUCAACCUUGGUAUUAAACCUGAGGUCUUCGUUGUGUUAUGUUUUGAGAAAUCCGCUUGGUCGAUCGUUGCUCAGUUGGCAGUUCUCAAAGCCGGUGGAGCUUUCGUAUCUAUUGACCCAACCCACCCUGACUCCCGGCUUCAAAUGUUGAUUCAUGAGAUUGGAGCUGAUUUAGUGCUUUGUUCAUCUAACUUACAGUCGAAGAUGUCCAAGCUUUGUACCAAGGCCUUUGCAGUCUCACAAAACACUAUCUCCCAGCUUCCUGAGUCGCCUCUUGCCCUUCCUGGUAGGCGGCCAACUCCAGCAAAUGCCGCCUAUGCUAUAUUUACCUCUGGAACUACUGGAAAGCCAAAAGCAACUGUGGUCGAGCACUUGGCCCUGAGUACAACCGCCAUAGCCAUGAUGGACGCUCUUCAUAUGAAUUCUGCAACUCGCGCUUUGCAAUUCUCCAAUUACACUUUCGAUGUCAGUAUCCUCGAAGUGAUGAUGACUUUGAUGACUGGCGGCUGCGUCUGUGUCCCUAGUGAAGAGGAGCGCAUGAAUAAUCUCGGAGGUGCGAUACGCCGCAUGGAGGCUAACUAUAUGGCCUCGCCGCCCGCAAUUGUCAACACGUUGGAACCAAAGACUGUGCCCACCCUGAAGACCAUUAUAACUGGAGGAGAAAAGAUGCCCGCCCAUCACAUCGAUCGGUGGGGUGACCGGUUUGUUAUCAAUGCUUACGGUCCCUCUGAAGCCACAGUCGUUGCCACAGUUGGGGUCAAGGUUGACUGGGAGGGGAGACGUGUCAACGAUGACCCUACAUCAAUUGGUACUGCCGCUAAUUGUCGAGUUUGGAUUGUGGAUCCCAACAACUACAACCGCCUACUUCCAGUUGGAGCUGUUGGUGAGAUGCUGUUAGAGGGCAGCAACAUUGCCCGUGAAUACCUUGGCAAUCCGGAUAAAACUAAAGCUGCCUUUGUUGAAGAUCCUGUGUGGAGCCACCAUUCUGGCCUACACGGCAUAUUCAAGCGCAGUGACCGCAUGUAUCGCACCGGUGACUUAGUACGAUACAACAGCGAUGGUACCCUUGCAUUCAUCUCCCGAAAGGAUACUCAAAUCAAAUUCAACGGCCAGCGCAUUGAACUCGAAGAAAUAGAACAGCAAUGCACCCGAUGUCUUCCUGAGGGUUCUCAAGUUGCUGUUGAUGUUGUUGUUCCCCAGGAGAAAACAGUUGCCAAAGGUCUCGCAGCAUUCUUCACCGUCCACGAUGAAACCUCUGAUCAGGGAGGUACCAACGAUCAAUUCACGCCCACAAUUCCUGGAGCUGAUCCUCUUCUUUUGCCAAUCUCGCUUUCUAACAUGGAUGCGGUCCAGAAAUUGAAAUCUUCUUUGCCGGAUUAUCUUCCACAAAGCAUGAUGCCGCGUCUGUUCUUCCCGCUACGAAACCUGCCAUUCACUUCUUCGGCCAAGAUUGACCGAAGGCGACUUCGCUCAAUGGUCCAGACUUUGUCAAAAGAGACUUUGAAGUCUUAUAUCACCUUCAACACUGGUGGAAAAGCAGCGAUCAUCUCGGACGAUGGCAUUGACGCCCAACUCCGAACUCUGUGGGAACAAAUAUUAGACCUUGAACCUGGGUCUGUUACUAAUGAAGAUAGCUUCUUCGCGCUUGGCGGUGACUCCUUCUCCGCUAUGAACCUAGUUGGUGCCGCUCAGGCGCAGGGGAUUUCCCUUAGCGUUGCUACCAUUUUCAAGAGUCCAGUCUUAAUCGAUAUGGCGGGCAUAUGCUCAUCAUCCAUGGAAGGCCCUCCAAUCGUACAGAAAGCCCUCGACCCAUUCUCUCUAUUGCCAUCCGGUGUUGACCUCGAGGGUCUUCUUGAUGAAGUUAUUGAAGGAUGUCUCAUUCCCAAGGACUCAAUUUCGGAUGUCUACCCGUGCAGCGCCGUUCAAGAGGGCCUUUUGACUUUAUCGGUAAAGCACCAUGGUGCUUACGUUGCCCAGCCCGCCUUCCGGCUUGCUGACGGCGUUGAUCUUGACAGAUUCAAAGCGGCCUGGGAGCAGACUGUUGUCGAUCUUGAUAUUCUAAGAACUCGGAUUAUUCAUACUGAUGCCAUGAACUUCGCCCAGGCAGUUUUGAAGGAAGACCCCAUCGAAUGGGUGAAUGCUGAGUCCUUCGAGAAGUUACCUAGUGACUUCACUAAUCUUCCCAAAUAUAACGGCGCUCGUCUCACUGGAUAUGGUCUUGUGCAGCCCAAUGGAUCAUGUACUCGCUACUUUGUGUGGUCUGUCCACCACGCCCUUUACGAUGGUUGGAGUAUUCCGCUCGUAUAUCGUCGAUUCGAAGAAAACUACAAAGCUUCCUUGAACAAGGAAUCUGCUGCUUCGUAUGGGCUUUUUAUCGAAUACAUUAACAAGAAGGACAUGGCGGAGUCUGACCUUUUCUGGAAGUCCUACUUGAGUGACAUCUCCAGUAAUGCUUUCCCACAAAACAAGCAUUCCGUAGCCGAUGCUCUUCGUGCUGGUAACUCUCAGCAACACAGGAUGGCCGUUUCCAGGCCCGCCAACAGCAUUGACUACACGGUUCCCGUCCUUCUCCGAGCCGCGUGGGCAAUUGUGGUCGCUACUCAUACCACAUCCGGUGAUGUCUGCUUUGGAGAGACUUUGUCAGGACGUAAUAUCGACCUACCAGGAGUCGGUGAUAUCGCCGGCCCCGUUCUCUCUACUGUCCCUACUCGCAUUCAAGUCGACAACAAUAUGCCAAUUCUGCAAUACUUGGAGAGUAUCCACCAGUCCACCACAGACAUGAUUCCGCAUCUUCAUGCCGGUCUUCAGCGCAUUCGCCAGAUAAAUGCCGACACUGCCUCUGGAUGCAACUUUCAAAAUCUCCUUGUUAUACAACCAAAUGAAGGAAACCUCAAUGACAGCAUUUGGAUUGAUGAAAAACGCGAGACUAGCGAGGACUUUUUUACCCACCCACUUGUGCUCGAAUGUGGAAUUUCGAAGACCAAUAUCUCCUUCACUGCUCAUCACGACGAGCUUGUUAUCAACAGUUGGCAGGCUAGGCGUCUGAUUGAGCAGUUUGCUCACAUCCUAAAACAGAUUAUGUCAGUUCCCAAGGGAAGUAUCUCCAAGAUUUCGGAAUUGGAACUUGCCAGUCCAGAGGACAAGCUUGUCAUUGCAGAUUGGAACAAGCGUGUGCCACUUGCUGUUGAGAAGUGUGCCCAUGAACUCAUUCGCGAGAAAUGCGUGGAGACCCCUAACGCUCCCGCUGUGUGUGGCUGGGAUGGUGAACUAACCUACAAGGAACUUUGGGACUUGGCAUCAUCAUUCGCCAAUUAUUUGGUAUCUCGCGGAGUCCGACCUGAGAUGAUGGUUCCCGUCUGUCUCGAUAAAUCUACCUGGGCGAUGGUCACCCUGCUGAGUAUUCUGAUCGCUGGUGGUGCUUAUGUGCCACUUGAUCCUCACCACCCGACCUCUCGGCAUGAAGAGAUUUUAGCUGAUGUUGGAGCCAACAUGAUUCUGUGUAGCCCAUCUUACAGCAACAAAUAUACCAGGGUUGUCAAGACUGUUAUUCCAAUCAGCAGAGAAACUUUGCAAGCCUACGGAUCCCUCCCCACCUCCAGUCGGUGCAACAUCCAAGUCACCCCAUCCAAUAUGGCCUAUGCACUCUUCACUUCCGGGAGUACUGGUCGAGCCAAGGGUAUCAUUGUCGAGCAUCGGAACUGUGUUAGCAGUAUAUUAGCCUACGCCCCAGUCGUUCAUAUGACUCCAUCAUCACGCGUCUUCCAGUUCGCAUCUUUGACCUUUGACGCCGCUAUCUUGGAAACCCUCACUGUCCUUAUGAUCGGAGGUUGUAUUUGUGUUCCAAGCGAAGAUGAGCGCCUGAACGACGUAUCUGGUGCAAUCAGACGUAUGAACGUGAAUUGGACUUUCCUUACACCGUCAAUCGCAAGUAUUAUCGAGCCAUCAUCAAUUCCAUCCAUGAAGCACAUGGUCGUUGGUGGUGAGAAGGUCACCCAAGAAGUCAUUACCAAAUGGGCCAACUCGGUGAAGUUGAUGAACGGGUAUGGCCCCACCGAGACUGUUGUCUUUGCAGUGGUUGAUACUGAAGUUGCGUCUCACCGGGAUCCGGCUCGAAUUGGGUACGGCAUUCCAAGCACUUUGACCUGGAUUGUGGAUCCUGAUGAUCACCACAAGCUCACUCCAUUGGGUGCUGUGGGAGAGCUUGCAUUAGAGGGAAUGGCUCUUGCCAGAGAAUACAUGAACAAUCCUGAAAAGAACGCUGAGGCUUUCAUCGACAAUCCAGCUUGGGCAAAGGAUUUCAAGAAUCAGCUAUCUGGGCCCCGAAGGAUUUACAAGACUGGUGAUCUUUGUUACUACAACUCCGAUGGCUCAGUGGAAUACAUCAGUCGAAAGGAUCACCAAGUCAAACUUCACGGUCAGCGCAUGGAGCUUGGUGAGAUUGAGCACCGUAUCGGAGCAAAUGAUCAUGUCCGUCAUGCUGUUGUCAUUCUCCCCAAGACUGGACCGCUCAAGCAGCGUCUUGUUACUGUUAUGUCUAUCAACAAAAUUUCUGCAGAGAUGAAGCUUAUUUCGGACAAACCUUGUGAGCUGAUUGAUGAUGAAGACUUUAGCAAGCAUGGUCUUUCCGAUCUUGUGGAAGUGCAGGCGAGUCUUGAAUCUCAACUCCCAGUCUACAUGGUGCCUCAGACAUGGGCCUUGAUUAAAAAAUUGCCGAUGCUUGUUUCUGGAAAAUUGGAUCGCAAGAAAAUCACGGCCUGGCUAGAGAACAUUGAUGAUGAAUCUUACGAGCGUAUCAUGCAAGACUAUGAUGCCAUGAAACGUGGCCCUAAUAACGAGAAGCCCCAGGAGCAAGAACAGGAUGGCUCUCUCAAGAUUAUCAAGGAAGUGUUCGCACAGGUAUUGAAUAUCUCCCUAUCGAAGGUCAAUGUGGACCGAUCUUUUGUCAGCUUGGGUGGCGACAGCAUCACAGGCAUGGCGGUCAUUUCGCGGGCGCGUAAACAGGGUCUCGUUGUCACAUUAAACGACAUCCUUCAAAGCAAGUCCGUGAAGGAUCUGGCACGAGUGGCAACUGCCAAGGUUCCUGCCACCAUUAUUCGUGAGGAGAAAGUUGGGGAGGGUUUCGACCUAUCUCCUGUCCAAAAACUCUACAUGAACUCCUCAGCCUCAUUCAGUGGUGCCGCUCGCUUCAAUCAGAGUAUCACUGUCCGCAUCUCACGCAGAGUUGAAGGGGAGGUCAUCCGCCGUGCUAUCAAGGCUGUUACUAGCCAGCACUCGAUGUUCCGUGCUCGCUUCGAUCAGGGCAAAGAUGGUAAAUGGAAGCAAAAGGCUGCACAGGAUGUCGAUCAGUCUUACUGCUUCAGAGUUCACUCCGUCAAUGACACCCGUGCAAUGGUCCCCAAGGUUGCUGAAAGCCAGUCAUGCCUUGACCCUGUUCGUGGUCCGAUAUUCGCAGCUGAUCUCUUCAACCUCCGCACGGGCGGCCAAGUUCUUUUUUUGGUGGCUCAUCAUCUAUGUGUUGAUAUGGUCUCGUGGCGAAUUAUUCUGUCGGAUCUCGAAGAGAUGAUUGUAUCUGGCUCACUCUCAGACGAGAAGGCGCUCUCCUUCCAAAGCUGGUGUGCCAUGCAAUCCGACAGGUCUAAGACUCAUGAUCACUCCCUGUCACUGCCGUUCAACCCAGAAAAGUCCGAUCUCUCAUACUGGGGUAUGGAAGAAUCAUCCAACGUUUAUGGAGAUAUCAAAAUGGAAUCGUUCAGCUUGAGUGAGGAUGCCACUAGAUUCAUUCUGGACGACUGUCAUGGCAUUUUUGGAACAGAAACAGUAGAUGUCUUGCUAGCAUCUAUUAUUUACUCUUUCCGCCGUGUUUUCGAUGACCGAAAGGUCCCCACUAUCUACAAUGAAGGUCAUGGACGCGAGUCUUGGGACGCCAAUCUGGACCUGUCGAGAACCGUCGGCUGGUUCACCACAAUGGCACCCCUCCUGGUCGAUGAAACCCGUGGUGAUAUCAAGGAAAUCAUCAAGCGGGUCAAAGAUACCCGUCGCAAGAUUGACGAUAAUGGUCGCCCUUACUUUGCGAAAAACAUGCUUCAAGCUAGUGGCGAUGAUUUCGAGGUUCCAUUGGAGAUUCUCUUCAACUAUCUGGGAAAACUUCAACAGCUUGAGCGUGAAGAUUCUCUGUUCCGCCAUCAAGGUAGCGUAUUUGACAGUUCGGAUUUUGCAGUUGCGGGCGAUAUGGGUCCGAAGACUGUUCGGUUUGCUCUGUUUGAGAUAUCCGCUUUAGUUGUCAAGGAUCGCUUGAAUGUUGCGUUUACUUAUAACCGCCAGAUGCAGCGGGAGGGUCAGAUUCGUCGAUGGAUCUUGCAGUGCAAGCAAACAUUGGAGAAGGAUAUGUUGGCUCUCGUCAACGCGAUUCCCGAGCCGACUCUCAGCGACUAUCCUUUGCUGCCAAUCACCUACAGUGGCUUGCAAACUCUCACCAACACCACCUUCCGAAAGCUCAGCAUUCGCAACAAGCAUGAGGUUCAAGACAUUUACCCCUGCUCCCCAAUGCAGGAGGGUCUCUUGCUCAGUCAACUCCGGGAUCCCACUGCUUACAUGUUCCAUACCAUCUUUGAAAUGAAAGACCCUCGAAGCGGCAAAGUGGAUGCUGAAAGACUUGCACGAUCCUGGAUCUUAUUGGUUGCUCGUCAUCCGGUACUUCGAACAACCUUCAUUGACAGCAAUUAUAGUGGCGGAUCGUUUGAUCAGCUUGUCUUCAGAAAAAUACCUGACAACGUUCUACGUGUGGAAUGCCCUGACUCCGAUGUGCAGGAGAAGCUGGCUGGUAUCUCAAUGGCUGAACUAAACGCCAUGCGCCCUGCCAAAUUAUCUAACCAGUUCACUGUCUGUAAGACAUCCAGUGGUCGAGUAAUCGUGAAACUUGAAAUUAACCACGCCAUUAUUGAUGGUGGUGGUGUUGAUGUCUUACUACGUGACCUUACAAUGGCCUACGACCAUCGUCUCCCUGAAGGCGCGGGCCCUCGAUUCAGUAAUUACAUCAAGUUUAUUCGAACUCAAAACCAAGUUGACGCACUUAGCCACUGGAAAAAGUAUUUGGACGGCGUCAGCCCUUGUCAUAUCUCUCCGAGUGCUGGUUCCCAGCCUAAACGCGAACUCAAGGGCAUUUUGAUGAACUUUCAACGUUUCUCCGAACUGCUGAAGUUCUGUGAGCAGUCUUCGGUUACUCUGGCAAAUCUCACACUUUCUGCUUGGGCAAUUGUACUGAAACAAUUCACUGGCUCGGAUGAUGUAUGCUUCGGUUAUCUUUCCGCCGGUCGUGACGCUCCCGUCAAGGGGAUUCAGGACAUGGUCGGCAUUUUCAUCAACAUGCUCUGCUGUCGAGUUCAGUUUUCUCCUCGCCAGACUCUCACUGACAUUUCUAAGCGUGUUAAUGCAGACUAUGUCAGCAGUAUCCCUCACCAAAGUUGCUCUCUAGCCAGUAUUCAACAUGAGCUUGGUUGGCAGGGACAAACAUUGUUCAACACCACCUUGUCAAUUCAGAACCAUGGUGUCGCUGGAACUACCAAAGACAAGGGCCUAUCUUUCGACCUGCAGCAUGCCCAUGAUCCUAGUGAAUACGCUGUCACCGUCAACGCAGACAUCUCGCGAGGUGCCGAAGGCAUCAUGCUCCGGUACUGGAACGACAUUGUCUCUGACGAGAUGGCUCAGUCUCUUGUGGACACGAUUGCCAAUGUUUUCACAGGCUUUAUUGAGUCCCCGACGACGACUAUCUCAUCGUCCGAAUUUAACGGAGGUGUAGCAUCAGAGCAAGCAUCGGAUUGGGACAACUCGCAGGCCACGUUCAAUGACAAAAUCAAAACCCCGACAGAUGCACUGGACGGCGUCGCCAUUCAAAAGAUUAUUGAUGAUCGAGUUCAUCAAAUUAUUGGACAAAUGUUGAGGGAUGGCAAACUGAUGGUCCCACAAAUCCAGACAUCUGGGCUUUCGGGCUAUGGCCACCCCGACGAUGGAAUCGACUCGCCUUACCCCUUGGAAGGAACUCAAGGUGCGGAUGACUCUGGCGUCUGCUCUGCGACCUCACGAUGUAGUGAGGAGGGAGUCUCAGCAGAUGUAGAGAGGAGACUUUGGAAUCUUUGGAGUACCGCCCUUGGUUUAUCGCCAAAUGUGGUGAGACACCAGGACAGUUUCUUCAAACUCGGGGGUGACAGCAUCACUGCCAUGAAAAUGGUCAGUGCUGCUCGGGAAGACGGAUUUGUUCUUACCGUCGCAGACGUGUUCAACAACCCUGUAUUUGAAGAUAUGCUCGCUACCGUCCGCGCUGCCAACGUUACCCAGCAAAUUCUGGAUGUGGAUCUUCAGCCCGCGCACAAGGAGGUCGAUGCUUUCUCUGAUAGUAAACCUACUACCUUGACCCAAACCCCAUCAUCUGAAAGCAUAUCUGUUCUACGCCCCACAAAAGCGAUGGACGAUGCGUCCCUGCAAAGUGGUAUAUGCCCUAAGAUCGGUGUUUUCAAGGGUGGAAUUGCCGACGUUCUCCCUGUUACUGACUUCCAAGCCAUGUCACUGACUGCCACCCUAUUCAAGUCCCGCUGGAUGUUGAAUUACUUCUUCUUAGAGGGAAAUGGGCCUUUGGAUCUGCGACGUCUCCGCGAGAGCUGUUUGAAGGUUGUCGACGCUUUCGAUAUCCUGCGUACAGUUUUUGUCUGUUUCCAUGAUCAAUUCUUCCAAGUUGUGCUACGCAAGAUUCGACCAAGUAUCUUCGUAUAUGAGACCGAUCGUGGCCUUGACGAGUUCACCAACACUUUGCAGCAACGUGACCGUGAAUAUGGUUCCCGUGAAGGUGAGCAGUACGUGCAGUUCUACGUUGUCAAGAAGAAGGGUAGCGAUCAGCAUCGCAUCAUGAUUCGUUUGUCGCACACCCAAUACGAUGGUGUUUGUCUCUCAAAGAUCAUGUCUGCUAUCAAAUUUGGUUACGAGGGUAGUCCUCUUCCCCCUGUUACUCCCUAUGCCAGCUAUCUUCGGCAACUUCCUGGGACUAUUGGGCCAGAUCACUACAACCACUGGGCAAAUCUCUUAAAGGGGUCCCAAAUGACACAAGUUGUCCGCCGCAAGGGCACAACUAUGUUCCAGAAUAUUGGCGCUUUCACUGAAAUUCGCAAGACAAUCGAGAUCCCGCCGACAGCUCUUGGAAAUGUCACUGUUGCUACAGUCAUGCAAGCCGCUUGGGCAUUAACUCUCGCUAAGCUGUCUGCUCAACAAGAUGUCGUCUUCGGACUCACCAUCAGCGGUCGUAACGCUACUGUCCCGGGUAUUGAGAAUACCGUGGGCCCUUGUGUGAACGUCGUCCCAGUACGUGUGAAGUUUGACGACAGAUGGACUGGCUUGGAACUCUUCCGCUACCUUCAAGACCAGCAAGUUUCCAACAUGCCUUACGAGUCUUUGGGCUUCCGCGAAAUCAUUAAGCACUGCAGUGACUGGCCAGCCUGGACUUACUUCACCACAUCUGUCUUCCACCAAAACGUUGACUACGAAGGUUCCCUUGAGCUAGACAACAACAAGUACCGCAUGGGCGGUGCAGGUGUCAACGACAACUUUGCGGACUUAACAAUGGUUUCUCGCCCAGCAGAUGAGCGCAAUCUCAAUGUAACUCUGGGCUACUCCGAGAAGGGUCCCAUUCUCCCUGACUUCGCGGAGAGGGUCCUCGAUAUGGUCUGCGAAACCGCUCAGUCUCUCAUUGCGAAUCCUUCAACUGCUCUUCCCUCUCCAAGCAUGCUGUGCUCGCUUCCUCCUCAGGUCAUCGAGGAUCUCCCACGUACUACGGAUGAACAUUUCUUGAGCGCACACCUUAAGUCUCGCUCCAUUGCUGAGCUACUUGUUCACUCUGACAUCCUCUCCCGCUCCUGGCACCAGGUUCUCCCUAGCCGCGCCUCAAGCACCACGGUUGAUAUCGAAUUAGGCGAAAAGCUCAAUACUCAAACCGCCUUCCAGCUUGACUCAUCUUUCUUCGACCUUGGAGGUGACAUUUUCAACAUGGCCCAACUGACUUGGCUCCUGGAGCAGGAAGGCCUCAAGGUUCGCCUAGAGGACUUGCUUGAACAUCCGUCAUUCUUGGGUCAGAUGGCUGUUCUUGCGUUACACAAUGCUAAGUAUCAAGAUGAACUACCACCACAGUUUGCUACCGGAGCGGUAUCGCCUGAUCCAAAUUCCAGGACCCCCGUGGAGAAGAAGAAGACAUGGGAGAAGGCGAUGACUCUUGCAAGGAAACUCACUCGUCGGAAUACCAACAAUUCCAAUGUUGUUAGCAGUCGAGCUUGA